CUUCCCAUUUCUCGUUUACUCUAAUCCCUUUUUCCAAUGAAUUUCUUUAAAUCCAUUCUCUCCGACGAUCCAGAUUCCCCUGGAUCUGAACAUGAUUCCGACAAUGCGCCUCACCCGCAAAACGCAACCGAUACUGAUCCCUCCACAUCCGACACCGCCAAGGCCACCGCCGACCACAGUGACGGCGUCGAUGGCAGCGGGUGGAUUCGGUUCGGUGGCCUGAUCAAAACCCUAACCUCCAAAUCCGAAUCGAUAAUCGAGACGUACCGCCGGGACCUCCAAGAAUUCGGCACGGGACUCAAGAAGGAGAUCGAGGUCGCCCAUGGCUCCCUCGAGACGGUGGGCCAGGCCAUCGAUCAGUUGGGAUCUACUGUUGUCAAAGGAACGGCCCAGAUCAUCUCCCAAGGAAAGGAAGCAAUCCUAGCCGCCGAUCUCGAUUCCGAUUACAAUAGCAACAAAAGCACUAAAAGCCCUAGCAAAGAUAGUAGUUGCUCGAAUUUGAAAGGGUAUAGUAGGUUUGAAGCUCAGAUUCGUGCUAUUCAGGGUGAUGCUAGCACUUACAAUGAUGAGCCUGAGGAUUUGGAAGAGUAUGGAAAGUGGAAGUCAGGAUUUUCGUUGGAAGGGAAGGAUGAGGAAUUGGAGGAUUUGCUUAGUGAGAAUGAUGCUAUGGAGAGUAUUUACAAGAUGCUUGUUCCGAAUAGCGUGGAUAAUGAGAGUUUCUGGUUAAGGUAUUUCUAUAAGGUAUAUAAGCUGAAGAAAGCUGAGGAUGUGAGGGCUAGGCUUGUGACGACAAUGUCAAGGGAAGAGGAGGAUUUGAGUUGGGAUGUAACAGAUGUUGAAGAUGGUGGUGGUGGUGGUAGUAAAUUUGGUGAAAAGGGUGUGGUCGAAACAAAGAAAUUGAGUGUGGAAGUGGGGCAAAUUCUUCUCAGGAGGAGUCUAAGGUGGAAAAGGGAAAUAGUUCAUUGCAAAGUGAAAGUAAGGAACAUGGCAAUGAUUCUGUUGGGGAAACUAAAGUUGAGAGUUCAGAUUGCUCAAAAGGCGGAUGACGGAAGCAACUCAUGCAAGGAAGUCGUGAAGGAAGUGGUUGAAUCUGGGAAGAAUAGUGAUUAUGCAGCUGGUUCUGAUGAGAAAGUGAUAGUGGAAACAAAAGUUGAUGAUGGAAAACCUCCGGUGGUUGAGGCAAGUAAGAGCCUGGCACACGAGGAAGAGGAGGAUCUCGGUUGGGAUGAGAUUGGGGAUCUCAGUAGUAUUGAUGAAAAGAAGACAAGUCCGCCACGGAGUGGAAGCCCAAGCAAAGUUGAUGUGCGGAAGCUACUGAGUGUUGCAGAGGAAGAAGAAGCCUUGAGUUGGGACAUUGAAGAUGAUGAUGAUGAUGCUGUUAAGUCUUGAGACACUUGAUGCUCACUGAUCUGAGUUCUGGUGAGGCAUAAUUAUGUAAGUGUGAUUAUGAUUAUUCUUUGAUAAGUGAAAUUAAAUUAGCAUUUUCUUUGUUUCUAUGUAUGUAUAAAUUGAUUUAGAAAUAGUGGUGUCAUUUGUUUUGUCCUUGUAUGAAAAACAAUUGUUUCUAUAUAGAUUAUCUUGUCUUUUUAAA